AUGAAGGGGGAGGUGGAGAAGCUAAGCAGCAUUGGAUUCAUCAAGGAGGUGGACUAUCCCACUUGGCUGGCUAAUUUGGUGAUGGUUUGCAAACCAAAGAAAGGCUGGUGCAUGUGUGUGGACUGCACAAACUUUAAUCGGGCUUGUCCAAAGGAUAGCUUCCCUUUACCUCGAAUCGAUCAGCUUAUGGACGCCACAGCUGGCCAUGCCCUCCUCAGCUUAAUGGAUGCUUACUCUGGGUACAACCAGAUCUUCAUGCAUCUUGAUGACCAAGCCCACACCUUCUUCAUUACUGAUCGUGGUCUAUACUGCUACAAGGUGAUGCCCUUCGGGCUCAAGAACUUCAGGGCUACUUAUCAACAUUUUGUGAAUAGCCUCUUCGCCCUACUGAUUGGCAACAUCAUGGAGGUUUAUGUUAAUGACAUGCUAGUCAAAAGUCGCACUGUUGCCCAGCACAUCUCUAACCUAUCUGCCAUGUUCACCAUCCUGAAACAGUAUAAAAUGCGACUCAAUCCACGAAGUGUGCCUUCGGCGUGGCUUUAG